AUGCAGCCCUUCAGCAUCCCGGUCCAAAUCACACUACAGGGUGGCCGGAGGCGCCAAGGGAGGAUAGCACUUCCGGCCUCAGGCAAAAGCCAUGGAGAUCCCCUGAAGGUGCACCCAAAGCUUCCAUCAAGUGCUGGUGAGGACAGGGCCACGCUGCUGGGCAUUGUCAUGAUGGCCUCCUCCGUGCUGAUGUUCUUCCUGUUGGGGACCACUAUGUUGAAGCCCUUCAUGCUCAGCUCUCCCAGAGAAGAAUCGAACUGUACCACUGUCCACACACACAUUGCGGAUGAUGGGCUGGACUUUGCCUUCACCUGUGAGGGUAGCUGCCAGGACCAGGGGAGAUACCCCUGCCUGCAGGUGUUCGUAAACCUUAGCCACUCAGGACAGAAAGUGCUUCUCCACUAUGAUGAGGAGGCCAUCAGGACCAACCCCAAGUGCUUUUACACACCCAAGUGUCACGGGGACAGGGAUGAUCUGCUCAACAGCACCCUGGACAUCAAGGAAUUCUUCGAUCACAACAAUGGAACUUUCCCCUGCUUCUACAGUCCCGAUGGCCCCCUGGGAGUUGUCCUCAGGAAGUCUGGCCACAAGGUUGUCUUUCACUGCUUAUUUUGGCCUUUCCUGACUUUGCUGGGAGGUGCCCUGAUUGUUGGCUUGGUUAGGCUAACACAACAUCUGUCCUUUCAGUGUGAACAGUACAGCACAGUGGUAAGUGCUUAA